AUGGAAGAAAAACAAAAUAAAGAACAAACAAUUAUUGGCACUCUUCUGGAGAUUGAAGAAAAUAAUUCAAAUAAUGUAUUCAUAUUUGAAAGAUCAAUGUCAUCUGAUAAACAACAACAUGAAUUUAAUUCAAGUAUCAAUUCCGAAACAAAUCUUCUUGAUGAUAAUUUUGAUUUACAUAAACUUGCUUUACAGAGAAAUGUAUCACAAAUGCUUUUACCGACACCUAUAAUAGCAACAACAAUUGCUAACACAAAACAGAACGCGUCAAAUUCAACUAAACAAUCUAAUACAACAUCAGCAACAAGUAGUCCUAAUUAUAAUGCCACUAUAAUGACAAACAAUACUCCUUCUUCUCAACCACAAUCAAUUAAGUCGAAUUCACCUCCAAAUCGUUCACAAAAAACAAAAAUCGAUAUUUAUGACUAUUUUAAUGGAAUAGAUGGAUUAGAACAAUAUUCUAAACAUAAACUCGAACCAUUAACAUCACCUAUAAUCGAUAAUCAACGAAAAGCUACGUUAGAUAAAGCUAUUGAUCCAACAGUUCUCAAAGUUCGAGAAUGGACUAAAGGUAAAAGAAGAAAUAUUCGAGCAUUAUUAUAUAGUUUAUCAAGUGUAACAUGGCCAGAAUGUACAUGGACUGGAUGUCAAAUGAGUGAAUUAUUAACAAAUGAACAAGUUAAAAAAGUUUAUAAAAAAGCCGUACUUCAUAUUCAUCCAGAUAGACUUGGUGAUGAUCCAAAUGAACAGUUAGCUAAACUGAUUUUUGCUGAAUUAAAUGAAGCUUGGUCUCAAUUUCAACAAGAAUCAAAUUGA